ACAUCCCUCUACUCUCUUAAUCUGGGUUUUUCUGGAUGCGGCAGCUCUCCCAGGCCUCUGGAGAGGAAACUCCCCCUGUAGCUCAAUGAAACUGAGUGAUGUAUCCGUGAUGUAAGGCGGCCGCGCCUGAACACCGGGAGAGCAUUAUCAAUCAUGUGGUCGUUCACGUGCAGAACGACCCCCUUGGUUUCUUCUUUAAACAUUCUCUUACAUGUGCUUGAACACACAAACAUACGGACACAUGUUGCUCCCUUAAGACCAGCGUCUCCUUUUAAUCUGGCAACUCUUUGCUUGUUUUAACACCACUUGUUUCUUCAUCUUCAUGGAGAGGUCAUACGAUUUUAGUGCUGCAUCCCAGUGAUCGCCCCGUGUCGCUGCUGUCAUUUUCACAGAAAUUAACAUGUGACUAUCAAGUGAGUGACCUUGUCCCAGCAGCCAUUUCGCAUAGUGGAAAUAUCUUGGGAGCCCCCUUCCUAUAAGACUUAGUAUACCUUUUUAAUCCUGCUCCACCCACCGCCCCCCCUGACUGAAACUGGGAUUUACUGCAACAACUGCACUUUCACUCCUUCUCUCUCUGCUGCACACCCUCAGCAUUUACAUUCAGUGAGAGCUGUUUCAGAGUUUAAACCAAGCAGCAGCCUCAGGAGUAGUUCUUUUAUGUGCUCUGGUGGUCGGUGGAUACAAUAAACGUCACACUGAUAGGCUUCCUUUUUUUUUUUUUUUUUCUCAAUAGCUGCAUGCCCAGAAAGCAUGCAGUGCAGUAAGUGGGUAGUCAGUGCAGCGGGGAGGGCUGCAAGUCUUUCAUCUGGUUUAACUGGCAAGUCAGGUCUUUGACAUCUGAAAAGCAAGCCUCUAGCUGAGAGAGUGAGUGUGUUUAGGCAAGAGAGAGGAGGGGUGGGAGGACGGUGAGAUUUCAUGCUGUGUUAGCAUCCCCUCAGCAACUCCAUCAAUACUGCAUACAGCUGAGAAACUGGCAAAGAUCCUCCGUGCUGCAUUUUCAAGGCUCGGCCAGAGAAAGCGGGCGACUGCCACGACCGCUCGGCUCAGUGUGCUGCUGCUGCUGCUGCUGCUGGAGGGGGGCUCUGCAAAGGGGCAGAGCACACAUACAUACAUACAUACACACAUGCCCACAUACAUGCGUUCACUUACACACUGAGUGGAGUUUCUGCUGCAUCAAGAGGCAGAAGAGGAGAGCGGGGAGGAGGGCGCAGAGGGACGCGCAGACUGGGAAUACUCCGGCGACGAGAGCCAAUCCCGGAGAGGGACGGGACCGUGAGGAGACCCGUGCUAAUAUGCUACCGCGCUCCGCAGGGGAAGCUGAGCACCGGGGAGUUUGACAGGAUCUCAGUGCACCUGCUCCACGCACACUGAUUAUGUGGACGAGCUGACGUGUGCGAUGGGCAGCUUGGACCUGCAGGUUCUCAUACCUCCGUCUCUGCGUUACUGUUACCUCCCGACCAGGCGGCCCAGCCCGAGGAUCUGACCGCACCUCCCCUCCCUCUCCCCCCUCCCUCCCUCUCCCGGGGUGUCCCUCAAUCCUGGGCCCACCAUGGGAGGAUGCUUCUCCAAACCCAAACCAGUUGAAGUCAAGGUGGAACUCUCUCUCCUAGAAAAAGAAAAAGAGGUGGACGGUGGUCUGUCGCCUAAUGGCAAAGCGAGUCCUUUUGCCGACUGCAGACCUAACGGGGCCCUGGGACACGGCUCUGAUGACGACUCCACCCCGCUGCCACUCUACCACAAGCCACGCGACUACGUGGAGGCCUCGGUGUGUCAUGUUAAGGAUCUGGAAAACGGACAGAUGAGAGAGGUUGACUUAGGAAGCGGCAGAGCUUUGUUAAUCAAAGAACAUGGGGAGUUCUCAGCAAUGGCACACAAAUGUCCACACUACGGAGCACCACUGGUCAAAGGCGUGCUGUCAAAAGGACACGUGCGUUGUCCCUGGCACGGUGCGUGUUUUAACAUUGCAACAGGAGACAUCGAGGACUUCCCUGGUCUGGACAGCCUGCCGACCUUCCAGGUCAGAGUUGAAAAGGACAAGGUGAUCAUUCGCGCAAACAAGCAGGCCCUUCAGUCACAGAAAAGGUCAAAGCCCAUGGCCCGAUGUUCGGCAGUCAUUAACUCCAGCACAGGCUUCAGCCACAUUCUCAUCAUUGGCUCAGGUCCAGCGGGUCUGGUGUGUGCGGAGACACUGAGGCAGGAGGGCUUCACCGACCGCAUUGUCAUGUGCACCAUGGACAGACAUCCUCCGUAUGACAGGCCUAAACUGAGUAAGUCAUUAGACAGCACAGCAGAGCAGCUGAAGUUGCGCUCCAUGGACUUCCUGCAGGAUCAUGACAUUGAACUGCUCACGGAGAAAGAGGUUGUGGCGAUUGAUGUGAAAACGCGAUCUGUGACCUUCGAGGAUGGCUUGAGGAUGGAGUACAGGAAACUCUUUAUUGCUACAGGAAGCAAACCAAAACCGAUGAACUACAAGGGCAAAGACGUCAGCAACGUGUUUCACCUCAGGACGCCAGAGGAUGCUAACAGCGUAGCGAGGCUGGCCAACAACAAGAACGCUGUGAUAGUGGGAACAUCAUUUGUGGGCAUGGAGGUGGCUGCGGCGCUGACUGACAAGGCCCACUCGGUCUCUGUCAUCGGGAUCGAGUCCGUCCCCUUCAAAAAAGCUCUCGGGGAGAAAUUAGGGAAAGCCAUAAUGAAGCUGUUUGAGGCCAACAGGGUGAAGUUCUACAUGCUGAACGAGGUGUCAGAGAUGAUCGGCCAUCAUGGACAGCUGAAAGAAGUUGUUCUGAAGAGUGGAAAAGUUUUGCGAGCAGAUGUGUGCGUCAUUGGAGCAGGAAGUGUCCCUGCAACAGGUUUCCUGAAACAGAGCGGCAUCCACUUGGACUCCAAGGGCUUCAUCACUGUGAACAAGAUGAUGCAGACGAAUGUUGACGGCGUCUUUGCUGGAGGAGAUGUGGUGAUGUUUCCUUUUCCGCCUCGCAACAACAAGAAGGUGAACAUCCCUCACUGGCAAAUGGCUCACGUACAUGGAAGGGUGGCGGCUCUCGGCAUGAUGGGAAGAGCCACCGAGAUCAAAACUGUGCCUUAUUUCUGGUCCGCCAUGUUUGGAAAGACCAUCCGUUAUGCAGGUUAUGGCGAUGGAUUUGAUGAUGUCAUUAUACAAGGAGAUCUGGAUGAACUGAGAUUUGUAGCAUUUUAUACCAGGAGUGAGGAGGUGGUAGCUGUUGCCAGCAUGAACUAUGAUCCCAUUGUAUCCCGAGUGGCAGAGGUCUUAGGAUCAGGAAAGACGAUUAAGAAACGAGAUGUGGAGAUGUUAGCACGACUUGGCAAGACUGGAGACAUUUCUUGGCUGAUUGACAAAGGCUCUCAAUGACUUCACACGUGAAGGUCCCAAAGUCCACCGGACACCUCAAUAUGGACACUUAUGGUGCUGAGACACUGAGCAGCUAUCCCGGCCUUUUCACAUAAGACACUUGACACGAGGAGGACACGGCCGUGUCUGUUUGAGACACACCUACCUGAGGACUACACACCGACGCUUGCUUUUCUUCCUGAGAGACACUUUAACGUGACAAACGGAGCCAUACACGGUCUGAAAACACUGACUCACUGUGUCGGCAGGUUCUUUUAUUGACAACGUUGUCAUAUUUCAGAGCAAAGCAAUAUUGGAUUCAGCCUCUGUGCUGCUGCAAGAUGUAUCUACCUGUACACUUUUGUUUAUAAGAAGCCAAGUAUGGGCAUUGGCAUUUUUUUUUUGUACAAAUAACAUUGUAUAUAGUUAUAAUCCUGAAUGCACUGUAACAACAAGUAAGAACAAUACAAUUUCAGCUGAAUAACGGACUCGGUUGUAUGCGCGCAUACAGACCUCAGAUCUGCAUGGUGUAACUUACAGUAACAGGAGACGAAAAUUGAAGCCCCAGACCUGAGAAAUUUCCGAGCUUAACGCCGCAAGUAAACAAACUGCGCCAUCGCGUCAGCACAACCCUGAAUGCAGCUUUAACGGACUCACUAACACACACACAUGCAGCUUUAAUUUGUGAAUAAUUGCUAUCGUUAGAAUGACCUCUUCGUAUUGGAUGCUAGUAGAGUACACAAAUGAAUCAUACCCUGAUCUCUCACUAGUGCUUGCACAACAUAGAUUCAUGUAUUUUCUAACAAAUGGAUAUAAGUCCUCUAAACGAAUGCAGAGGUAGCUUUAGGUUAUUUUUGAUAGCUCUCGCCUCCAUAGGGACAUUAUUUGUUACUAACUCAGGGAUCUGAGGUUUGUGGCCUGGACUUACCGGUCCUUUUACAAGCAGAAAAUAAAUUUAUUGCUUUAAUAUAUAUAUAUUAUUUUUUUUUUUUUUGCCAGUUACUGUUAUAUGACUGGUUCUCUCAUUUUCAUUCAGAAAUGCUUGCAGUGUGCUUCUGGGUAUAAAGCAGAUGUUUGAUUACAUCCUGGUUUCCUGAAGAUCCAUGAAUACUUGAGCCCUGACACGUGCGAUUUAAACAGCAUUGUUCUUCCUACAGAGAAGCCUGGGACGGCAUUUUUAUAACUAAACACUGAAAUAAAAGUCUUCCAACAAUAACCACU